ACUGUGCUCCUGGGACAAUCCAUCUUUGCUUGUUUGUUUUCAGUAUUACCUCACGCAGCAUAAGCCUCUUACUGGGCAUUACAGUGACUAAUGAGUUAUUUUCAUUUAAUGUAGACAGGCUGAGAUAAUUUUCCAUCUGCCAGAGGGCAAAGUUUCCACUGAUAACAAUAUGAUAUUUGGCAGUUUUGUAUUGAAACAAAUCAUAGCCAAAUAACUGGGGGAGUGCAAAGCAGAGAUCCUAAACAGGGAGUUUACCGCUGAGGCGUCGGAUGGAUGAUGAGGAGGAGGACAUGUCACGGCCCAUCUCACAACUCUGGGGAACGCCCUUCAGGGACAUCAAAUACGAGGAUCGAACCACACAGAUGGCGGCUGGACAGGCCCUCGCUGCCGUCACUGCCGCUGUGCCCACGUCGCAGAGCCACAACAACAACAGCAUCAGCAUCAACACGCUGCCCUGCAGUUUGCACUGGCAGCCACGCAUACCUUUUCACGGUAACGCUGGAUUACGUGCACAUUUCCCUGCUCGAUUUGAGCCUAUGGAGGACCGGGGAGAGAGGCAGAUUGAAGAGGAGGAGGAAGAGCGCAGAGAGGAGGAGGAAGAUAACAGGGUGGCGGAGAGGAAUGAGGAGCAGGCGGGAGUGAGCGUCGAGGCGCAAAUUGGCCGCAAACUUCGAGAGAUUGGAGACAAAUUCCAGCAGGAUCAUGUUGAACUGUUCAUGAGACACCAGAGACAAAACCUGCCUGCCUGGAUGCGCCUUACAUUAGCCCUGUUCGGCUUUCUGUUUCCAAGAGAAGCUCUCAUCCCCCGCCUGAGAGGAGAGCACAGAUGAAGGGACUUCCUGCUGGCCCUCGCCUCGGCCCUUGUUUUUCUCCCCCAGCGGAGUCAAGGGACCAGACUUUUAGAGAUGGCACUGUAAGAUGAAACACGGGUUUGGAUUUUGUUUCAUUUUCAAAUUGAAUAUGAAGAUGAGAUGAAGAAAACACUGGUCACCGCUGGACGGAGACUGAUAAACUUUUUUCUUUUUUUUUUUCUUUUUUUGAUCUUUUGGUUUUUUUUGGGUUUUUCGCCUCCAAGAAGAAGCCAUUGAGUUUGAAGAGAUAUUUUCGAAAUAUUUGUAAGAUUACCUAUUUUGUACAGUAAACUGCUCUUUUUAUUUGGUAUUUCAAGUCUUGAAGGACCUCCAUCAGUCCAGGGAAUGCCUUAUUCUCUCCUGCCACAGUUCAACUCUUGUGCAUCGAGGAAAUUGUAAGAAAAAGAUACAUUAAUGAUUAGGCCAUUUUCCGACGCCAGACUGUGGACAUGGACAUUUCUGUGCUAAAGUUAUUGACUUAAAACCUUGAGGACUUGAGGCAUACUCCUAAUUUAUUGUCAUAAAAUACAACAGGCCCAGUACUUAUCCUUUACUGUCUGACACUGGCUACUUUGAGAAUGAUAUCACAGCGAUGUUACACACUGGUGUUGCGCUGUUGGUCAGUUUAGAUCUGUGUGUUACCAGCUUCCACUGUAGACAUAGGCUGUCAUCCAUGAACACAUCCCACCUCCAGAACCACUCAUCCUGUCAGAGGUGGACUAUCAACCCACUGUGUAGAUUCAGAUACUGUUGACUGAAACCAUAAAUGCAUGUAUGCUUGGAUUUCGGUGUACUGCAGAAACCACCAUAUUUCAGUUCAUGAUCAGGUGUUUGUGGAUUUGUGUGCUUUACUGUUCUCGAAAUCUGCAGUAAUUGUGAAACCAAAUAAGCACAAACAAAGUUGAAAACUAGUCCCACCUGUGGGAUUAUUACGAUCAGGGAACUAGAAACAAUCAGACGGCUGAAAAGUUGGAUCAAUGUCAUCAUUUUCUAAAAGCUUUUCAGGAUUUUUUUAUGUUUUUUUUCCGUCACUGGCUGGGUUGACAAUCGCAACUUUUGCCCUUUGCUGCAUUGUGGGUCGCCUGUGAAAGAGAUUUUUAAUCAACAUUCUCGGGGUGAGCAAUAUUCAAGCCAGUGAGAGGUAAAAUCUUAGGGAUGCAUUUGCAAUCAGACCGACAUCCGUGAAAGGACAAUUCCCGAUCAAUAAAUGGCAGUGUUCUCAAUGAAAUACGCUUCUUUAAAAACAUCUCGUUACAGAAAUGCUUUCAGUUACAGUUUAUAUCCUCAUAUCUCGAGCGCUGGUUCAAAGCCCAAGUGCGUGAAUGAUACAUCUCGAGUUCCAAAUCAACCUCAUGUUUUAAGUGCUUCUUCUCACCAGACUGCCAGUGGUACAUUCAGCUUCACUCACAACUUAGUAAGAAGAGUUUUGUAUAGUUUGGACAAUGUAUUAACACACAGACACAGAAGAGUUUAUAUGUGCGGCAACUGCCUCGGUAGUGCAGCGACACAGCCACUGUUUCUCAAUGUAAGGUUUAACAAGGAAAAGGAAGUUAAAAAACAACCUUAAAGAUUCAUGAGUAUAGUUGUAUUAUUUCAGUCUGUUCUAGAUUCAUGAACUUACGAAGACACUGAUGGGUUUUUUUUCCUUUAUGUUUUCUUCAGGGAGUAGUUAACAACCUGAUGGUUUUCGUAAACGACUGAGGCCUCGGUUCAGGACCUGAUAAUCAAUGCAGUAGACGACGCAGAACAAGCAGACACGUUCCUUUAGGAGACAUUUUCCAAAGUAUUUUCACUCCACAUCAGCAUGUUUAAGUGUGUUACAGUUAGUCAGGAGGGUUGUUUUGACUACUAAGUAGCUGAACCAAAAGUUUGUUUCCUGCAAACACUGAACGCUGAGCCAAUUGCGAUAGAUGUGACACACUCUCUGGUCUCCAGUCCGAAGCUUUGCGCUCUCACUCUUUUCCACUGUGUCAUGUUUAACUACUCCCUGUGCUUUUAUCGAGAACAAGUUUGAUUUUGUUUGGUUUCUUUGAGAUAAUUUAUUCUAAUUUAUUUUGUGUAUAUUUGCUCAGUGCUACUGUAUAGAUGCUAUCUCAGUGUGUACAGUCAUUUUCUUCUCAUUGUUGAUGUGCAUUCAGUAGUGUGAUUGAUGCCUGUGUGUGGGGAGGUUGGACUAAAGCCAUGUGCCUCGUGCGGCCUCACGCUAAAUGAGUGUGAGUCUUUACAAAUCACGUGAACAACAGACAAUCAAAUGUAUAAAACGUGCCUUGUGAAUAACAGACCUGCCACAUCAUCAUCAUCAACACUUGGCAUAAUAGUAUCCGAAAGUCACUGGUCACGGCUCUUGUUUCACUUGGGCUCUGUGAGAUCAAACUCUGAUACCUUUCGGCACAAACAGAACAUCAAUGUUCGUUGUGCCCGGAAAUGAACGAACAGAAAAUAACCGCCCGUUUGAUUCUCACAUCAGUUCACGAGGCACAGGCUCAACCUUUGACAUCUCUCAGCACAAAUGGCGAGUUUCACCAUGUAAAACCUUCUUAAUAUCAGAAGACUGUUUGCAAUCAAUGUGCACUGUAAAAAAAAAAAACAACAAUUUUUUACCUGUAUACUGUAUUUUGCGCCUCUCUCUUUCUACUCCUGUGCUGAACUUCCCCUCUAGAUUCUUGAAUCUUUCUAAGAUCUGUGAUAUAUGCUGGAUCGGCCUGGCUUGUCUGGGUUUCUGUGCUUUAUUAUCUGCAAUCUAGCAGGGCUGUGGGUUUACAUUUAAAGGAGGAAUGAGCCACCGUGGUGCCCAGUAUUAUUUGUAGGUGAGAUGGGUUGAACAGUCACGCAGUAGGAGUUGAUCCGACUUUACCAACCGCUGCUCCAACCCUGACUCAAGUGAAACAUUUGUUAUAUGUUCAACCUUCAGUGUCUUUAAUAUCAAAUUUCUUCGAUCGGUUUUUUGAAUAUCCAAGAAGGAGUGCAUCUUUACUGUCAAGUGCUGUGAUUUGGUGUUUUUUAUACAUUAGACAUGAAUUUGACACAGCUAUUGUUGCUAACUUUAUAAAAAAACAAUUUUUUGCAAAAAUUUUUCCAUACCUUUUUGUAAGAAGACGAUGAAAGACGUACAACAACACAACUCUUUUUUUUUGCUUUUCUAUGAUUGCUUUUUUUCAAUGUUGUGGCAUCUUUUAAUAUUAGAUAUUGCCAAGUCUGCUGUGUCACUCUCAGUUCAAGGGCUUUUUUCAAUAUAUGUAUAUGGAGUAAAAGUGCAUGUCCAACAUUCCUUAAAAAAAAUCUGUAUCUUAAAGGUUUGAAUGUAAUUUAAUGGAGUGAAAAACCACAAUAUCUCUUUUAAUACUGAACAGUGGAACUUAUUUCAGACUGCCGUGCUGCGUGCGCUGGGAGUUUGUAUUGUCUUCACAUUGCUUUCUUUACAUUCAGAGUGGUCUCAAGGAUUUCACAUUCAUGUGUCCUAUGAAGUGAGACCCAGUCCAGAUGUAGCAGUUUUGUUAAAGCAUUGGCUGUGUUAUCUUUGGGACUGCUCUGUGUCUUCUGCACAGACGGCGCAGGACAUGGAGGGACGGACGAAACAGGAGGAUGGGGGGUGUUUGUUCUUUUUUCUAGUGCAAUAUGCUGUACAUAAGAGCUUGACUCUCAAAAUCUUACAUUUUCUCUUAAUUUCUUUUGUUGUUAAAUGGGUACAUUUGCUGUUUUUUUCAUUAAAACUUUAUUGACAAUUGAAAA